CCACUGUAUUCCAUUUCAUUCCCCGCCUUUUCCCCAAACAGAAACCAGGCGGCUUCCAGCAAAGAAACAAGAGCAGCCAAUCACAGACCGCGCCACAUUCCCAGGGGCGGAGCCAAGAGCAAGGGGCGUGGCCUGCAGACCGCCGUCGCGCGUCUGUUUUGUUUUGCCCCGCUGCUGCUGCGCGCACGCGCACUUUGGCGGGCGAAAUAGCCCCGCCACCCCGCUCGCCUUACGGGCCGACGGUGCCCCUCUUUCCCCCGUGCGUUUCGUUGUCCCGCACUUCCGGCGCCGUCCUUUUCUGCUUCCGGGUUGGGGCGGAGAGGGUGGAGCGUCGCGGGCGCCGCCGCUGCUGCUGCCGCUGCCGCUUCCUCGGUAACCAGCCGCCGUGUGAGGAAGCGCCAUGUCCAGCAGCGGCAGCGCCGUCGCCGCAACAGCAGCACCAGCAGCGGCGGCCUCGGCGACCACAGCCUCGCCUCCCGCCCAGCCGCCGCCGCCGCCCCCUCCGCCUCCCCCGCCGCUGCCUCAGCCGCAGCCUCCGCCGCCGCUCCCCGGGACCUCCUCGGCCGCCGCCGAGCCCGAGCUGGUCUCGCUCAUCCUCAACCGCCUCAAGAGCCAAGGCCUCUUCGACCAGUUCCGCCGCGACUGCCUGGCCGACGUGGACACCAAGGUGAGGGGGGGCGGGGAGGGGGCCCUUCGGAGCCCCGUUUGCCCACAGACUCGCGCCCUCCGCCGCGCCCACACCUGGACCAGCCCCUGGCGGCGGCGGCGGCGGCAGCAGGAGGCGCUUCGGGAAACGCCCCCCCGUCGGACAGCAGAAGCUCUUCCUGUUGAGUGCCUGCCUGCCUGCCAGAGGCGUCGAGGGCUGCAGCUCGGGGGUGGAGCCUGUGCUUCUUGCACGCACAGGAGGGACCAGAGCCCUGUCCUUGGUAUUAACGUUGUUGCUUUUAGGUUUAUUUACACACACAUACGCCCUGCCUCUCUCCCCCUCUCUCGAGGCGUUUGAAGGACGAGAAUAAGAACUGCUGAAAACGUAGAAGAAGAAGGAAACUUUAAUAGACUUAAAACCGUCCAUCUGUCUAUCAGAGGCGCCACGUUUCGCCUGACAUUGGGGCGAGGGCCAUGUGACGUUGUGCAGUUGCACGCACAACUCUUGAAUCAGGAGGAAGCCCAGCGCAGAGCCCAGCCAUGCAGCAUGGCGAUGUGCUUGGCCGCUGGCCUCUCCACGGCUGGCCCUGUUGGCAAAGUGAGCUACGCAGAGGGGGCAGUCAUGAUGGGACUUGUAGUCCCCACUUGGCAGGACCACUAGGCCCCAGAGGCAGGACUGGGAGGUGCGGCAGAGGCAGGGACCUGUUGGUCAUAGGGCAGGGUAUGACCAGAGGCUCAGGACUCUGGGAGCUCAGUCCCAUCCAAGAGACUUUGAGGGGCUGGAGACACCUCUGCCCCCUAGAGUUGGUGUGUGUUUCUCAAACUUGGGUCUCCAGCUGUUGUCAGACUACAACACUCAUCAUCCCUAACUAGCAGGGGAGAUGGGCGUUGUAGUUUGGAGACCUAAGUUUGAGAAACACAGAUCUGUUAAAAGCAUACAAAUAAUUACAGUAAGAAAAACAGCAGGGCACCAGCCCCUCCCAUUAAAAGCAGUCUGUUCCUAAAGGCCUGUUGGAAAGGACAGCGAGACUGCCUAGCAUCUCUAGGUAAGAAAUUCCAAAGUUGCCUGGGAGCAGCCACCCCUGAGAAGGCUCCUCUGUGUGAAGCCCCAAACCUGCUGCCAGCCAGUGCAAGCAAUAUGGAGCUAGACUUGUUUUGAGGCAGCUUCCUGUGCUGCUGUGGCUCGAGGUGUGGAGUAGAAGCUUUGGGUUGGGGUGGGCAGCCGGCAGACUACUGGGCAGAGCCUGGCUGUGCCUGGCGGUUUGGGAUGUGUGGCUUAAUGGAUGUGGGUUUUUACCUAAAAGUGAAAACAGAGACAAGUAUAAAACAGCUCUUUCCCUUUAAUUCUCCACCUUUGUGCUGUGAAUUUGCUCCUUAACCAGAAUUUUUAAGGUGAAAGUCGAAAGCAUGAGGUGUCAGGUCAAACAGAAGACCUUGCAAUCCUAGUUGCCAGGCAAUUGAGAAAGAUACCAAAGCUCUGCCCUCACCCGACCACUAUUGUGAAUACUCAUUCAUCUCCUGUUUUCCUCUUCCCUAGGCUAGUAUCUUAGUGAAAUAGAUCUCACUGUGGUAGGAAAUUUGUGGGGGGGCUGUACCACUUCGGACUGAAGGUGCAGACUCAUAUGAUGGAAUGAUUUGCAAUUCAAAAACAUGCUUUGUGCGUAGAGAAUUAGAUGUUGAGGAGAACUAGGCUAUUGUAGUAUGCAUUGAGUGCAGAUUUAUUGUUGAAAGGCAGCUAAAAUUUCAAAUAACAGUAGUGUGUGAGGAUGUGUCUGCAUCUAUACUGCAAGUGCAAGAGAGUACUCCGUGCUCUUUUUUCCAGACAGAGGUGUAGGAACUCACCCUUGUUCUCUUACAAUGGUGCCCACCUGAAAAAAAGCCAUGAGAUCUUGGUGUAAAACAAAUUAUGCUAAAUUUCAUAACAAGUCAACUUCAAGCCAUGUCUGGCUUCUUAAAAUUACCCUUGUGUAAACCAGAAUCCUCAGGUUGAAUAUAAAACCAAGCAGGGAUUUGAUUGAAACAAAACUUUUUCUGGGUUGUAUGCAAGCCUGACAGUUAGAUUGGACUCAUUCAGGCUUUUCAACAUAGUGCUAAACCUGUCAGUUUGGAUUUCAUAGUGCAGAAAGUAUUAAUCUGAUGUGUAGAGAUCUUUCCUGUUCUGCUUAAUUCAAGAGGGUUCUGGAAGCUUCUCUGUGUGAAAGAAACAAACAGAAGGAUCAUGAUGUUUGUGUUACUCCUUCAGAGAAGCUGAGUACAGCUGGCUUAAACUGAUUCUCUUCUCUUCUUCAAGGUUAUGCUGACUAUACUAUAAUAAGAGGCCAGAAGGAGCCUUGGUUUCACUUUCUCUUUCUAUCUCUUUUCCUUCUGGUGUGGUGUUCUGUACAUAGCAUGCUUAGUGUUAAGGUUUAGUCUUAUUACAGUGGUACCUUGGGUUAAAGAUGCUUCAGGUUACAGACGCUUCAGGUUACAGACUCUGCUAACCCAGAAAUCGUACCUCAGGUUAAGAACUUUGCUUCAAUUUGAGAACAGAAAUCAUGCUACGGCGGCACGGCAGCGGCAUGAGGCCCCAUUAGCUAAAGUGGUGCUUCAGGUUAAGAACAGUUUCAGGUUAAGAACGGACCUCUGGAACGAAUUAAGUACUUAACCCGAGGUACCACUGUAUAAGUUAUUGUAAGUUUAAGAAGUCUGCUGCAACUGGAUUUCUUAUGGACAGUGCCAAUCCUGAAUGUAUUGGAUUUGUGUCCAUUAUGCUCAUUUUUCUUAAGUAGCAGUAAAGCUCUGCUGAAUGAAAUACAGUUGCCUCUGCUCUAAUUUUUGGGGAAUCCUACAGUGUGUUUAAGUUUUUACUCUGCUAACUAUACAUUGGAAUCUGCUCUGGAUCAAUACUGAGUAGAAUUUUAAUGUCAAAACUAUGGUUGGUGUUAUAUGUAAAGGCGGCCAAUUUCAGCCAAUAUGGAAGGCUUAAGCAAGUGAGAUACCUACUCCUGGCUUAAGACCUGUUGGCAGGGAAAUGUUCUUUAAAUUAAAGCAUUUGUUCCUCUGCCCCAGUUAGAGAAGGCUGGUGUGUAUUAUGUAUUUCCUCCCCCUUUUUAAUUGAGUCACUUUAAGCUAUGGUGUGUUAUCAAACUAGACUAGACACAUUAAAAUCAGUGGGCUUAGUUAGUGACUAGCUUAAAUCCAUGGAUUUCAGUGAGACUUCUACUGUGUAUGAAUAAGUGAGAUCCCACCCAUAGAUCUUAAAUUGCUUGGGUGUAUUCAGCUAAGUUUUACUCAGAGUAGACCCAUUGAGAUUAGUAAAUAUAAGUUAAACCCAUUAAUUUCAAUGGGUCUACACUGAGUUUAAACUUAGUUGAGUACCUUCCAUUGUGUCUCAUGAAUGCCAAGGAUAUGCUAAUAAGAAGUUUCACAUAGCAUUUCUCAUUUUUCCUUUUAGCCUGCUUAUCAGAAUUUGAGGCAGCGGGUGGACAACUUUGUUUCCAACCAUCUAGCAACUCAUACAUGGAGUCCUCACCUGAACAAGAACCAACUGAGAAACAAUAUUAGACAACAGGUUCUCAAGUAAGUUUCACUCCUUAAAAUGCAGCAAUGCCUAAUGUAGUUGCAUUGGAGAAAACAGUACAGGGGUCCAACAAAAGCUUUUUUAGUGGUGUUCAGAUAGCUGCUGACACAUCAUAAAUUAAAACAUCCUUCAUUUCAAGACCAGUUUGUCAGGGGUGGGAGUGGGAAGACUACUGUUUGAGUCAUUGUGACAACUUACUAGUCUCUGAAUUUAGUAGGAAGUUCACAGAAAUAUAAGAAAUCAUAUGUAUUGUAUUUAUCACUUAUACUGCUUAACCUAAGAAACUGGAUCUCCACUCCAUUUUUUUAACAUAGAAAAAGCACUUAACUAGUUUCAAGAACAAUUUAGGGAGUAGUGUUUAAUAGAUUACCAUGUUUCAACUUGAGGAUAUUACAGGUGUAGGCUUUGCUAUGUUUAAAUACAAAUAAAUUCAUAUUUAUUUCCAUAUCAGGUUAUUAUAUUAUUUUGAAAGCCAGAUAUUUACUAUCGCUGUCUUCAGCACCAUUGGGGUACAGUUUACCACGAUUACCAACCAAGCAUUAAAGGGAAAUAGAGCUUUUAUACAGUCUCAGAAGGUACAAUUUAGGUUCAUUACAUGCUUUAAGUGUCCUAUGAGUUAAUACCAAACUCAUUCUCCGAGCGUAGAGCCUUAUGUAGCCAAAAUGGCACCAUCCAGUUACAAGUGGGAGUUAUCAGCAGGCUUGUGGCGUCUCCCCAGACUUGCAGAACAUAAGAAAUGUUUAGUGGGGGAGCCUUAAUGGGGACUGGGGCUACAUUUUUACCUAAAACCAUUUUGAAAAUUGGUAAUACUUUAACUUUUUAAUUCUGUGUGUGUGUGUGUGUGUGUGUGUGUGUGCCUGUAUUGUAAUGACCAUUGUCUACAAACAGUGAAAAUUUGAUUGACUGAAUUACAAGAUAAAAAAGAGUAUUUCUGUUGGCUUGAAGCAAAAACAAAGUAUUGCUUUUUAGCAAGUGUAUUCACUGCGUGUGCUUCAGCACUGUUAUCCCCAUAAUGGGCAGCCAAGUAUUUUUCCCCUGCUCCUCCCCGUAAACAAGUUUGAAGCUUUAUUGUUAUAGUGCAUUAUUAUAAGAGAGCUGGGGUAGGGUAGUGGCUAAGUGUGACCUAUGAACCAGGAAGAUCCAAUUUCAAAUGCUGCAGUAAAUUUCAUAUGUGUUGUUUAGGCUAGUGACUCUCUGUCACUAUCAAAUACAUGCAUGCUUUGUAAUAUGCAGAUGAAUCUAGAGUAUCUUAUUAGGCUGUUGGGAACCCCAAGAAUAUAUAUGAUGAAGUCUUUGCACAACUGAAAUAAGCUCUGACUAUUGUUAUCAUUGUCGUCGUCAUCUUCUUCCUGUACAGAGUUAUUGCAGGACCAAUAUGAGGCGAACUUCCUAGACAAAAAUAUGCUAUUUUAUGUUGUUGUUUUGUUUCAGAUCUGGAAUGCUAGAAUCUGGAAUUGACAGAAUAAUUUCUCAAGUUGUCGAUCCAAAGAUCAAUCACAUAUUCAGGCCGCAAGUAGAGAAAGCUGUCCAUGAAUUUUUAGCCACAUUAAGCCACAAAGAGGAGGCCAGUCCCAUCGCAGCUGCACCUGAGGAAAAACCAGACACUUCUGUUCUGAUGCAAGGUAUUUAUGUCCAUUGCUCCUGGCAGAACUGAUGUGCUAUGAAGUCUUAAUUUGGAGCUUGGUGACUAUGUAAGCAGAUGGAAAGGUAUCAAGGAAGGGAAGUUGAAGUUUAGCCUCCCAACUUCUUAGUAAGUGUUCAUGGUGCAAUCUUACCAGUAUAGGAGUUGGUCUGAAAUUGAGUUGAGUCCUAAUUAAUUAUCAUGAUUUCCUCCAAGGAUCAAUUAUAUGUAGGAUGAUUCUGUCAUUUAUUCUACUCAUAUUGAUCCAGAGCAGAACUCCAGUGUAUAGUUAGCAGAGUAAAAACUUAAACACGUUGCAGGAUCCCCCAAAAAUAGACCAGAGGCAAUUGUAUUUCAUCCAGCAGAGCUUUACUGCUGCUGAAGAAAAUUGAGCAUAAUGGUCACAAAUCCAAUACAUUCAGGAUUGGCACUGUCCAUAAGAAGUCCAGUUGCAGCAGACUUAACUCAAACUUGCAAUAACUUAUAAUAAGACUAAACCUUAACACUAAACAUACUAUAUACAAAGCACCACACAGUUGGAAAGAGAGAUGAAGAAGAGAGUGAAACCCUGGUUCCUUUUGGCCUUGCUAUUAGAGUCAGCAUGACCUUGACAGAAAAAGAUAACAGAAUCAGUUUAAGCCUGCUGUACUCAGCUGCUCUGAAGGAAUAACCCAAACAUCAUGUGUUUCUUUCACACAGAGAAGCUUCCACAACUCUCUUGAAUUAGUUGCAGUUAGGUAGCCGUGUUGGUCUGCUGUAGUCGAAACAAAAUAAAAAAAUUCCUUCCAGUAGCAUCUUAGAGACCAACUAAGUUAGUUAUUAGUAUGAGCUUUAGUGUGCAUGCACACUUCUUCAGAUCUUCAGCUGGUCUCUAAGGUGCUACUGGAAGGAAUUUUUUAAUUUUCUCUUGAAUUAAUUAGAAUAGGAAAGAUCUCUACACAUCAGUACUUUCUGUGCUAAGAAAUGCAAACUGGAGGAUCCCCCUGCCCCAGAAAAAUCUUUGAUCACAUUGGACAUUCACCAUAUACAGUGGUACCUCUGGUUGCGAACGGGAUCCAUUCCGGAGGCCCGUUCGCAACCUGAAAAGAACGCACCCCACGUCUGCACGCGCGGGUUGCAAUUCGCCGCUUCUGCACAUGUGCUUGAUGGCAUUUUGCGCAUCUGUGCAUGCACGAGCGGUGAAACCCAGAAGUAACCCUUUCCGGUUACUGCAGGACACAACCUGAAAAUAACGUAACAUGAGGUAUGACUGUAUGCGUGAAACCUGCAAUAUCCCCUCCCCCCAAUUCUUCAGGUUUCUUUUUUGCUUUAAUAUAUGAGACAUAAAUGUAAGAGCAGAUUUUUCAGACUAAUGGAUGACAUUUGUUCUUUACUUAACUCCUUUGAAGGUGUUCCUGCUUCCACUCCAAGCACAAAUGUAGCUAAUGAUGCUAUGUCCAUUUUGGAAACAAUCACUUCUCUAAACCAAGAAGCAAGUGCAGCCAGGGCAUCCACAGAAGCAACAAAUUCAAAGACUAAUGACAGAGUCCCGAAAAAACUCCUGUCUCAGCAGAGCACAGAUGGUGGUAUAGAGAAAGACGGUGGUGUAGAGAAUUCAGAAGAUCUGCUAGAUGGAGAGAAAUUGCUUUGUGACUCUGCAGAAGAAAGCUCUGAACCAGUAUCCAACUCAGAAGAUGUAAAUAACUUAUUUUCUUCAAGUGAAGAAGGGAAAAGUCUGUCAAAAGAAAUUAACAGUUUGGUUAACCCAAGCAAGGAAGCUGCACAGGAAAGUGAUGAGCAGAAAAGUAAACUGAUGGCCCAAAGUGAUAGGAAAAUAGAGAGCAUGGAGAAAGGAGAGAGGAAAAAGGAGAAGAAAGAAAAAUCUGAGAAAAAGUUGGACCGCUUGAAAAAGAGUGGUGAUGAUCUAAAGGCUAAAGAAGAGAAGUCCCUGAAAGAUAGGGAGGCAGAAUCAGCCAAAUAUUCAGCUCUGGAGAAGAACAGUAGUAAGCACAAAGCAAUUGAAAGUACAAAAGAAGGUAUAAAAACCACAGGUUGCCAUGCAAUAUGAGGGUGGGGCGGGGCUAUUGGGGUUGAUAAGAAAGUUCUAAUUUCUGUAGGAUGCUCUGUAGUGUUAGAAAGCAAAUAUUUGCAACAGCAUUUUGUUGCUUAUGUGUACUUAGAGUCCCAUUUUUUUUCAUCUGCAAUUUGAUGGCAAAAUUUAAGAGACCAGAAGCAGCUUUCCAUGUGAUGUUUGAAGGAUGUAAAUUGGCAAGCCUCCCCCAGGCAUUCAUGUAAGCCAUUUCCACUUGCAUGUGGGACUCUGGGCCCAUGUUUUAAAAGAUCUUCCUUUCUUUCAGAACUAGUUUUGGAGGAUUCUGAUGUUGACAUACUCAGUGAUAUCACUGUUAGCUCUGUGCACACCAGUGAUCUUUCUUCCUUUGAAGAACAAAGUGAAGAGGAAGUUGUACUUUCAGACAGCACAGAAGAAGGAGAGAUCGUUUCUGAUGGUAAGGUAACAGUCCUGAAGCUGCACUGGAUUUAAUUCCCUAGCCAGGAGAAAACAAAAUGUGAACAUUUAUCUUCAAAUAUGCAUCUUUGACCACUAGUCCUAGUAGCUAGGGAGGCUGGGAGUUGUCCCAACAGCUGGGGACCCAAGUUUGAGAAAUAAUGUGUUAUACUGAUGUUGAUACAGAGUUUAAGUUGAUAACAUCUGAUUGCAGUAGUGGCUGGCGGUGGGGGUGCUGUUACUUCCCUGGCCUCUCAAUACGGGUGUUGCUACCAGUAAUCAUGAGGUUCAGGGGCGAGGCAGGAGGGAGGUUCACGCAGGUGCUGCAGUGGAGCCAAUCAAAUGCUUCCUUUGCUGGGUCUGCAGUGCAGGAACCUCCCUGCUGAUUUGCCCCUCUUAGCUACCAAUAGUGAGUUGAUUAGGAAACCACACCACUUUGCCACCUGCUACUAUCUGCCCUAAAUGCACACAUGGGAGCGUUCAUGCCAGCUCGCACAAACGUACACACUGAUACCUAGGUACAACACAGGAAAAAUAUUUUUCAUCAGUAUUGACAUGAAAUCACCCAUUUUUUUGAAAUUGGUCAAAAAUGAAUUGAGCAUACAGUUCAGUAGCAGAGAUGUUACGUGCCCUCACAUAGACAACCUACUUUCAUCACAGGGUUAAAUUUGCUGUGUUCUGUGCAGUUUGAAAAUUGCAUAGCUGUGGGCACAAAACUCUUAAUCUGCAGCCAAAUGCUAGGCUUGUCUUUAUCAUCUCAUUAAUCCCAUGUAAUCUGUUAGUUGAGAGUAUAGUAUAAUCUAAAUGGGGUGUUCAGUUAGGGCUGUACACAGGCCCCUAAUCCACCCUGUGACUGAAAUCUGUGGCCCGUGGAUCAGGUUGAUAUGCCCUGUGCCACCUGGGGACCACCUUGGAGCUGUCCCCCAAACAAGUGGGGGAUUGGAGUACCAUUUUUAAUGGGUUUUAAAACCAUAUUUUAAUAUUCAGUUAAAAUGGGGCUUUAAAAUGAUCAAGGAUGGAGGUGCACCAUAACUGUGCAGAAUAGGAUCCUGCCUGGUGCUGCUUUGCAAGUGGCUUUCCUGCGGGAGAUCUUGCAGUGCAGCACCCACUGCCCAUGGAAUCAAUGCCUCUGCUCAACAGCUGUUGCGUCAGUUCUGUGGGGCAUCAAGGCAGGAAGGAGACUCAUGGCAUUGCCAGCCAAGUAAGUCUUGGAGGUAUUGCACAGUUUUCUGCUCCAAAGAAGCCCCAUUUGGCUUGGGCCUCAUCUAAAUCCAGGGCUCAGUCUAGGGUUCAUCAGGCCAUCUAUUCAAAUGCUAAUACAUUUUCUGAUUUUAGUGGAUAUGCCUGUGCUGCAUCACAAAUUUAAACCAAUGCAUACCUUCAAGAAAUUCUUGCUGAGACAGCUAGGUAUUCUACAAUACUGUUGCAAUAUUUCAAUUUCCAGAAUCCUUGCCAACUUGCCUUGUAGCACCUGGGUACUAAGUGCUCUAUGUUGCUGUUUAUUAAUAAACAAACUAACUAACUAACUUUAACCCCAACAGAUUUUGGGGAUUUAAGCUCUCCCUUAGUUUUAGAUGUGUGGGAAAACAAGGCAAGAAUUUGAAGAGAUCUGUGCAAGCACAGAAUGUUUGUCAACUGGCCAGGGGGCGGUGGGGAAGCUUGCCUUGGGUGGCUGAUUUUUCACUUCCAGCUUCUGCCUGGAGCGCUGCUCCAGUAGGUCCCCUGACUGCCAGUAUCAGAUUUUGAGGUGGAACACAAGGAGCUGCAGUAGGAAGAAGGCAGAAAGGUUCUUUUGUUCACAUGGAACUUUCUGCCUGUCCCUUUCAUCCCAACCUAGAUCUGGCUUUUAAAAACAUCUUUCCGUUAAGGUUGGGGUGGGGUACUUGUGUCCUUCCAGAUGUUUGUUGGGCUCCAGUUCCUAUUAUCCCAGAACUUUGCCUUUGCUGAUGGGAGUUGGAGUUCAUUGACAUCUUGCAUGGCACCAGAUUCCUUAUCCAUGCUGUCUAGAAACUUUCAUUGUCUCUUAUGUUUCUCUAGAUGACGAAGAAGAAAAUAAUCAGGUUAAAACAAAGCCAGAAGCUGAUUGGGCCAGCAAUAAAAAAACAAAAUCUGGGCGACACGCUUACGUCCAUAAGCCUUACCUCUACUCCAAGUAUUAUAGUGAUUCUGAUGAUGAAGGGACUGUGGAGCAACGCCGCCAGUCUGUUGUAAGUUUGGUUUAUUUUAUUUAUUUUUUAAAAAAAAAUAUUUAGCAAAGAAAUGAGAACAAGAAAACAAUCGAAACUACAAACACAGCACAUGCGUAGACAUUUCAGGGAUAAGAAACUGCUUCUCUCCUUUGUUCUGACCUAUUUUGGAAUGCUUGGAACACAAACUAGUACAGUUUGGACCAUUGUUGUGCCAUUCUCAAGCCUCUUGCUUUUUAUCAAUUAAUGUGGCAGUCAGCUAUUCCUAAUGAUACCUCUUCUGACCUCCAGUCUUUUCAAGAAGCAUUUCUGGAGACUUGGCCUUGGUGUGCUUAUGUCCAGUAGUCUUAAUGGAGGGAAAACUGAAGAAUAUUAAUAAAGGUUUCAUGUCUUGAGGAACUCGUUAAUUUAUUUAUCGGAUGAACUUCUGUUUGAUACACAAAAUUACUGCCGGCAUAUUGAUCCAUUGGAGAGGGUUUUGUUUUGCAUUUCAGAAUAGAUUGGUACUGUGUCCAGACUGAGUUAAUUUGCUUGAUUACAAUUUCUGGGGGGAGGGGGUUUACUUUGCAGACAAGAAAGUACAAUCGAAAGGGUUAUUAGGUUUUUAAAAACAUAUUGUGGGUUUAUUUCAAUAAAACAAAAACAGUUAUGGCCAGCAUCUAGAGAAGCCUUUGCAUGACAGGAAUAGAGUUUUCAGGUUUUGCUUUCUUGCAGCAGUCCUUCAUACCUCAUUGAGUGUCGCUGAAGAUACUCUUCUAGCCUUCAGGGAAGCUUUCUGGGGAGACAUAGAGGCUGCUGCUGGAAGCAGGGUAGUGAAAACAUGCUUUGGAUCCCAUCAUAUAAACUCCCAUUUUCUUAUCUUCAGGCUAGAGAAAAAGAAGAGAGACUGUUAAGGAGAAGGCUUAACAGAGAAAAACUUGAAGAAAAGCGGAAACAGAAAGCUGCAGAAAAAACGAAAACACUGAAAAGUGCAAAUCAAGGUGCUGAGCUGUACUUCAGAUGAACAUAUCUUGUGCUGUUUUCUAGUUGCGAGUUAGUUGCUUUUUUUGCACAAGAGAGUGUAUACUUAAUUUAGUACUCGCCAAACAAUUUAUUUUGCAUCCAAAAUAACAAUAUCAGAAAUUGCAGCUUGAGACUUUACUGUGUCGUUCUAGGUAAAAGCACUCAAAACCUGGAAGAAACUCCUGCCAGAGGACUUGAAUUGAAAGCCAGCGGUGCCAGCAUCAAGGAUGUGCUGAAAGAACAAAGGUUUUUAGAAAAGAAGGUAGCCCUCAGCAGGAAAAGAAAGAGAGAGUCAAGGUACUUGCAGAGGACAUAAAAUUAGUACGUUUUGCAUACUACAAAGUGCAAAUCCUUUGAAAGUAGUAUAGAUACAGUUUGAAAUAGUUUGAACCCCCUCUAAGGUUCACAGACCCCUGGGCUGGUGUUCAUAGUUCACCCAUCCAAGAUAAGGUUAGUAGCAGGCGGCAGUCUUUUAAGCCGAGCACCUUGCAGGAAAGUUCAUCCCAGAGAGCUUCAGUUAAUGACGUCUAACUAUUUUUGAAGGACAACUGAGAUGUCAGGCUGCAUUCUGUUUUAGCCCUUUUCUAGCAUUAAUGAAAGUAUGGGAAGGCAUCUUUUCUGCAAACCCAUUAGUGUGAGGAAAGUUCCUCCAUGCCGGCUUCCUUCAACCUUGGUGCAUCUCUCGCCCUCCAGGCGUCUCCACAGGGUUUUCAGGGGUCUUUCCAUUUAAGGCUCUAAUUUGCUCUCUCCCCCCCCCCCCCCAUUGUAGCAGUCCCCAGUGCAAAUAGGAGCUUUAUCUUUUUAAAAAACAAAACUUAGUUGUGUAUAUUUCAAAAAUAGAGCAUUCUUUUUGUCCAGACCUAUCUUUUAUCCCUAAUAUUCAGCCAUACAUUAACUUCAGGAAUUGGUCUCCCCUUUAUCCAAGUCAAUUUUGCUCUUGUGUGUUGUGCACUUGAGUUCUCUUUGGAUCAUAUUAAGCCCUUGUGAAAAUAUAAGGCCCUCGUUAUUACCUUUAAAUACUCUUCCAGGUAAGGGGAAGAUUCCAGGAGCAGUAUUUUCCUUAGAGCAUAUUACUCUCAUUUAGUCCACCAGCAGUGUUGAAAUUCUAAAGUAUAUCCUGGUGGACACUAUUAGAGUAUCUGCUGCGUCUGCAGCUUUGGGGACACAGCUCCACUUGAAGAAAUUUGUAGAGCUGCUACAGGGACUUGUGUCCAUACUUGCACUAGGCAUUACAGCCUCCCCCAGCCUGGUGUCCUCUAGAUGUUUUAGGCCAGUGGUUCCCAACCUUUUUUGGCCAUGCCCCACCUAAGCAUCUCUAAAAUCCUGGUACCCUCCCCCCCCCCGUGACAUAUACCGUAUUUUUCGCUCUAUAGGACGCACCAGACGAUAAGAUGCACCUAGUUUGGGGGGGAGGAAACAAGAAGAAAAAAAUUCUGAACCCCAGAAGCCAGAACAGCAAGAGGGAUCUGGCUUCUGGGAUAGCCUCUUGCUGUUCUGGCUUCGGGGACAGCCUGUGAAGCCUCCGCAGGGCAGCGGGGUGCCUUCACCCUGCUGUCCUGCAGAGGCUUUGCACAUCUAACCCCAAGCUAGAACAGGGAGACCGAGCGCUGCGCACACACAUUUUCCCUUACUUUUUAGAAGGGAAAAAGUGUGUCUUAUAGAACGAAAAUUACGGUAAUUCUUAUUAGUCAAAAAGUGAACUCCUGUUCACAUGGAGGAAGCCUAAAAGGCCAUUAACUUGGUCUAUGCAAGCUUCCAAAUUGCUUCCCUUAAAAAUCAAAUUGCCCCCCUGUGGGGCACCCCACAUUGGGAACCACGGUUUGAGGCCCAUAAACAAUGACCAUUGGCUGCACUGAUAGGUGAUGAUGGGAGUUAUAGCCCAAGACAUCUCUUUUUUUAUUAUUAUUUCAGGCAUGAAGAAGAAGGCAAGAAGAAAAAAUGUGAGCAGCUUGAGAAGGAUCCUGGAGAACCUCAGAAGAUUCCUGAAGUAAGUCCAUAAUUUAAACUUUGGUUCUUGUUCUGUAAGACUGUAAGCUUGAUCUGUACCUUUAAAAUUCAAAGAUAUAAUUAGUAUUGUCUGCACUUUCAGUACUGUUUUAUAGGUUUUAAGCCAUUAGUAUAAUGAAGAAAAUCUUAACUACUAAGAUUUAAGUUAGAUUACUAUUGACCUUUUAAAAAUGAUUUAAUACACAAAAUUACAUGCUGCACAAUGCAGUUAAUUCUUCCAAUUAAAUUCAAGGAUUUCAGUUCAGACAAGGAGCAUGGGCUUUGACAUAAUUCAGGUGAAAAUAGCCUUUUGCACAAAGAAAUCAUACUUACAUUUUUAUAUUGUAGGGUGUUGAAAAGCCCUCCCAAAAAGAAGUGAAGGCCAGUCAAGGCAAAAAUGAAGCAAGUAAACUUGUGAGAAGACUUUCAGAGACGGUGCAUUCAGUUGAUGAAAACAGAAAUGAUUCCAAGGUAGAAAAAGAACACAAAAGAAGACCAUCUACUUCUCUCCAGGUGGAAGGAAUGCAGCAAGAUACUGAGCCCCGAGAUCCCAAAUCUCAGAUUGAUAGAGCAGAGACCAGCUCAGAAGAACCUCAGAAGCAGAAAAGCAUACUUAAAAAUGAAAAGCAUGUUAAAAAGGAUGAUUCAGAAAUCCAAAGUUUUAGAAGUGCACCCAGGAAAGAGGCUAGAUCAUCAAAAGAUAAAAAUGAAAAAGAGAAAAGUAUUUCUGAAGAUAAAUUAUUAAUUAAGCAUAAAUGUAAAGGAGAUGUGUUUCAUAAAACAGGUGAUGAGGCUGAAAAUUUGCCAUCUGAGAAAGGGCUGAAAAGCGAGGAGAAUCUUCAGAAGCAUAGCCAGCUAACAAAAUCUUUUUCAGAUGACAAAGCUGAACGGAAGAAUAAGCACAGAAGUGAAAGGAAAACAUCAGCAAACAGCAAAGAUCUGAAAAGUGUUUCUGAACAUGCUUUAAAAAAUGAAGAAAGUUCACGUAAAGAAAACAGAAAAGACAGACAGGGUUCUAUAGAGAAAUCCAGAGCAGACCACAAGUCUAAAAGGCUGUCAAGUGAUUUAAGGCCACAGAAAGAGUCUCAGGGUACAUCAAAGCAACAUAGUUUUGUAACAUCAAGGAAAGGGGAAGGUUAUUCAGAAGACAAACAUGAUGCAGAAUCGACAAACUCUGAUAACACUUUAAAGCAAGGUGAUAGUAUACACAAAGACAGGCGAAAAUCAAAGAAUGCUUUGGAAGAGAAGUUACUGUUAAAGUCCAGGUCCAAGAGUCACGGCAAGCAAGGCAAAAUACCUGAACCUGAACUACAAGAAAGUUCCUCCAAGCAGGAAUCAGGACAGAAAUCCGGGCCUAAUUCAGAAGAGAGUGAUCCAGAUAAGCAGUGUAAAUCCAAAACUGAAAUUAAAGGUUUUGAAGAAAAUUCUGUAGAAUUGGACCCUGACAGUGGAGCACAUUCAGUUAGUAGUUCUCAAAAAGACUUCAGUCAUCGAGUUAAGUCACAAUCAGUAGAAAAAUCAUCUGCAAAAGAGAGAAAUAAAAGUGAUAAAGAUUUGAGUAGUUCAAGACUGGAAAGGAAAAUGUCAGCUGAAGGUCACAAGAGCAGAAGUUUGAAGCAUAAUAGUAAGGACAUGAAAAAGAGAGAAGAUGACAACAAACCAGAUGACAAAGGGGUUAAACAAGUAGAGACUCAUGCAAAGUUGCAAGAAAAUCUGCUCACAGAUAAAAGAACAACUAAAAAAUCAGCUAGUGAAAGCAGAAAGGGAAGUUUUUCUUUCCAAGAAAUGGAUAAAGGAGAAGAAAAAUCAUCAGCAGAAAUGUCAGUCUGGACUAGUGGGCACACGUUACGUUCUGAAGAAUGCCAAGAGCCAAUGGACAUACAGUCAGAACAAAGGGACAGUAAUGCACAGCAUCAAAUAACUCAACCUAAAGAAGAAAUCAGUAAUAAUUCACAACAAGAAACUAAAUUUAAAAACAAUGCCAAAGACCAAAUGCACCAUAAUUCAUUGCAUGAGUUGAAUAAAACUUUGCCUACAAAGGAAAUCUCAAAAUCUUCCCCUUCCGGUUUCAGUAACCCCAAACAAAAGUUUGAAAAGACUCCUACGAAGGAAAUGGAUGUGCCAAGUGAUGCCUUUAAAAGUGAAGAAAGCAGUUCUCCAACCAAGCAGCUGUCAAAUGAAGGUGUUGUCCAUCAAAAAUCUAUGGAUAUGACUGUUGCAGAAGUCAAAAACCCUUUGAGUGAUGUAUCUCUGGAGAAAUCUUUUAAUUUGGAUAGGCCAGCUAAUAAAGAUACCAUUUCAGACAAUGAAGCACAUACUGCUAAAACGGAACAGCAUGGUAGCAUUAUAUUCGAUGGUAACAUAAAAGAGAGUGAUAUCACUGACAUGGAAAUUUCUAACGCAGGUGACAAAGGGCACCUAAGUUGUAAAGAAGUGACUGAAGAGAAAACGAGUGGUUUUAUAUGCAUUCAAGAAGGUACUAUGCAGAAGAUUACUGGAAUUGCUUUAACUGGCAGUAUAAAGAGUGAUCAAAUGACCAGCCCAACUAUAGUAUUUACAGAGGUAUGUGCAAACAAAGGCAAAACAAAUGAAAACCAUACUGUCAGUGGUGUAAUAGAAUUGUCUUCAGGGUCAGUGCCCAAGAACACUCCAGAAGAAAUUGGUGAAAUGUCCGUGAUGGCUAGUAAACAAGGAGGUGAUUUAAGAAGAGUCGCUGAAGAUAAAAAUGAAAACAAUGUAGUAGGCAGCAGUGUAGGAAGCAGCAGUUGUGUUAGCAUCAGCAAUAGCAUGGAGACUGAUGUGACUGUUAUCGGGACCAGCACAGAGAGAACUACUGGGAGUGCUGUAACAGCUACUAGCACUGGAGGAAGCCAAAGUGAAGAAGGUACAUCAAUCCAUUUGCAAAGAGAAGGCGAUGCCACUAUUACUUGCUCAGAAGAAAAAAGUGAGACUGCUUUGAGCUGUACAAGUAUAGAAGCAGAUGAAGGUUUCACUGUGGGAUGUUGGACCCCAAAUAAGGAAGGUGCUCAUUCUGUAUCAGAAAAGUGUUUUGAUGAAUGUCCUGUCACAGCGACUGAAGAAAGUGGUGUUGGCACUCAAGGACUUACCGUGUGUGAAAGUUCCUCAACCAGUACAAAGGAGGAAGAAAGUGGAGAAUGCAUUGUGAAUUAUGCAGAAGAGCAUUCUAAACAAUUAAUCAGUGAAACUAGGGUAGAACUUGAACAGACUGUGAAUAGUGUUGAAGCAGAAGAGAAAGAUGAUGCUGUAACCAGUGCAGGUUCUGAAGAAAGGUGUGUGGCUUCCGUCUGUAGUGGUACAAGCAACUUUGACAGUGCUACUACCUGCCUCAGUGAAGUAGAAAGUGAUGGUGCUGUUACCAGUGCGGGUACUGAAGCGAAGGAUAGACCUGUGACAAGUGAAAAUCCAGAUGAAUUUCGGAGUAAUGCAGCUGGAAGUGAGCAUGCUAAAGCUGCUGAGGGUGCUGUGACUUGUACGGCUGCCGAAAGAGGAAGUCCUGGCUCUGCCAUCUGUUCAGUGACUGGUACUGACUCGCAAGAUGAGCGUGCUGUGACUGGCGUGUGUGCUCAGACAGCGAACAAUGUGGCAACUGGGCCGCACGCUGACAAGAGUGAAGACAUUGUGAAUGGUGAGAGUGCCGUCACCAGCACAGGCAUAACAGCAGAAGAUGGCCCUGAAGCUGCAGCUGCGUGCACUGGUUUGGAGGACAGCAAUGAAGGUUUUGCAGCAGCUUCAGAUACACAAGAAAAAUACGAGUUUGCCACAGACAGUACAGCAGCUAGAGCUGAAACGAACAUCAUUGAUGUCAGUCAAGGUUCCUAUGAUGAUGAAGGUUGUGUGACUAGCACUGGUGCAAAAGAAGACGAUGAAGAAGGUGAAAAUUUUGUUACUAGUACAGGGAGAGGGAACGAAGAAGCGGAACAGACUUUGACCUGUACAGGAACAGAAGAAAGUGAAAGGGUGCUGAUUUGUGUUGGAGCCAAAGAAAGUGGAAGUUCCUCCAUCUGCCUUGCUGCAGGCCAGCUUAGAACUGACUUGGGUGAGCUGACCUCAGAUGUUGAUAAAGGUGCUGUUGACAGCAUGACAGGCUUAGAGAAGGACUUGAAAAUUGAUGAUAUCCACAACAGUACAAAGGGAGUGGUUGAAAGUAGCACCACUAGUGUUGGUGUGGCCAGUGAAAAUGUUAUGGCAUUUGGUGCAAAAAAAGAGUCUCAGUUUACUGAGAAUUAUGAAUGUGAUGUGAUUAGUGCAACCUCAAAGCAAGGUGUGGAUCAAGAGUCUGCUGUGGAAGAGAAGAAUGAGGAUGCCACAUCUUUCAUAGAUAUCAGGAAAUCUGAAGGCCCAUUUAGGAUAGGCUCAAAGAAAGUAGCUGUUCUCUCAGCAUCUGCUAAUGAAGAUGAGAGAAGUGAAGGUGAGACCAUCUCUACAAGUGUGGUCAAAGUGUGCCCUACCUCGGCUCAGUCUUCUGCUAAGCAUAUUGAUCAAACACCACUUGUUGCAAAAACAGUUGAAAACCUUGAGAAAACCCCAAGCCUCAUCAGUACAGAAGAUUUCAACACUCCUACGCCUAGCACAGCUGUUGAGUAUAUGAAUCAGGAUGGAACUGCUAGUAAACAAAAUAACGUUUCUACAAGUAUCUUGGAAGAAUUUGAAGCCCCUAUGCCAAGUGCAACAAUAGAAGAUGGCAAAAGUGCAUUUCUUACUAUACAAGCUGCAGAAAAGACCACAACUGUGGAAAUGGACGCUAUUCCCAUGCCUAGUAUGUCAACUGGAAGUGUUGAUGAAGGUAAUACAGUUCAUAGCAAAGAGGAAAGGGAUGAAUGCACUGUGAUUUCCACAAGCAUAGUUGAAGAGUUAGAGACUUCCAUUUCCCAGGAAAGAACUGAAGAUGCAGAUGAACAUUUCCCCUUAAGAUUGGAACAAACUGCAGACACAGCUAUGAUCUCGACAAGCUCAGUGGAACAGUUUGAGACUUCUGUGUCUCCUGUUGAGGCACAAGAGAUUGAUCAGGUCUGUAGAACCCAAGGAAGGUUUGAGACUUCCACUAUCUCUACUACGGAAGGAUGUGACAAAACCAUCCAUGGUGCAUUUGUGCCAGUAGAAGCUAAAGAAAGAACUACGGGUGCUGGAGUUUCCACAGAGGGAGCAGAACAUGUUCAGGAAGCCACAAGCCAAGAGAUUGAAUUUGUGUUUCAAAACUCUGAAAAAAACAACCAGAGUGCUGUAAUUUUGGUUCAGAAGAGAGGAGAGUAUGAUGCUCUUGGACUUAGUGUUGCCAUUGCUAAACCUGACAAAGAUUUGGUUGCCUUGAGUGCAGACAUGCCGGAGGAUUGUAUAGCAGCCGGAAUAGUGGAAGAAUGUGACAGUGUCUCUACUGUUGCUGUCUCAGAGAAAACUCCACUUGAAUUUUCAAGCAAAGAAGUUGAAGAUGAACAUGUGCUUCAAAAAGAAAGCCAAAGAUUCCAUCAGGGGGAACCUGAGGGUGCUGUGGAAGAAUUAACCACAGAUGACACCACAAGCACAGAAAUGCCUGAAAAUACAGUGCAAUCUGAUAGCAUAGGAGAAAGCCUUGGCACAGAAAUUUUGAACCCUUCUGUCAGUGAUGGAACAUCCACUGAAGACUGCGUGCAUGAAUGCAGAACCCAAGAGAGUGGGCAACAUACCGAAGUUCCAUCUGGUAUGCCACUGGAACAGAAAAGUGGGGAUGUAAAUUUAGCAAUAGACGAUAUUAGUCACAAGCCAGUAUUAGAAACUGACCUGGGUGAAACGAUGGAUCUCCCCAACAGGAAAUGCUCGACUUCAUUACUUGUCGAAUUGGGGGGAAAUUCCAAGGACAGAGCACUUGGAGGAGGAAGAGUUCAGGGGAGUCACUUGGCUGACAUAGAUGCUAAAGCAGAUGGCCAGAAUGAAGAGGAAGCGUUUUCUCAAGGGAGUGUAGCAUAUCAGUCUGGUAAGAUCCUUAUGUACUGCAAUAUUUUGAGACUUCGGAAUUUAAUGAUUGGGGUGUGUAGGAAGUUAGACUUAGGAGCCAGUUAGCAUAAAGAAGCAAACUGCCUGCAGUUGAUCAAGUAUACAAAGAAAUAAUAUAGUAAACAAAGUUGAGAUGUUCCUAUUUAAUAUAGUUAAGAACAGGAUUAGGGUCAACUUUAGACUUUUAAGGAUAGCAGCUAGAUUAUUGGCUAGCACGAAACCUUCAUAUUUUUUUGUUAUUCAGCAAAAUUUAUAUACCACUCUAAGCAGUUUUAUUUACAACAUUUCUAUGAAACCCCUGAAAUCAAAUUUCCAAGAAAGGUGGCAAUGAUGAAUAAAAUUCAGUAAAUCAUGGUGCUAAAACCACAGCAGAGAGAAUAUGCACCUGAGGUUAAAAUUCUUGGGGAACGAAAGGUCUCUCUGCCUGCUGCCCGAAAUAUACUGGUUUAGGUAUCCGGCAGGUAAGUUUUAUGUGGCAUUACCCAUUGAAAUGAAUGAACAUAACUAAGUCAGGUAUAAUAACUUCAAUGGGUAAUUUAAACCAAGUAAAAUGUACUUGAAUACCACCCACACUCUUUAGCUGCCACAUCUGACUUCAGAUAGUGGGGCACUAUGAAGCAGUAACUUGCAGUAUAAAGUAUGAAGUAGUGCAAAGAAUCAAAUUUAUAAAACUGAAAAUUGUCUUACAAUCCUAUACCUUUGAAAUCAUGGUGUGUAAAUGUUACAUUCUUUCGUCACUAAGGUUGUGCUGGAUUUGGCAAUAUCUGGAAGAGUUAGGAAUUUCUAGAACUGUUCUGUUUUGUGGAAUAGACAAUAAAGUUCAUGUUUAACUUUCUAUCUGGGAUAUCCUCUGAAGCCAAGCCAUGGAAGGCUUAGUUAUUUUAAACCCACCAGUUCCUAAUGAAACACAGAGAAAGGAACAGUUACCUGCACCAGAAGCUUCUAUCUUUAAUAAUCUUGUAGCAUAGCCUUGAAUGGAGAGAGAGAUUAGCUUGCUUUUGCCUAGAUAUAAAAUGCCACAGAGAAUAAGGAAUCAUGCAAGUAAGUUUAAUUGUAAAAUCUUUACUGAAGAGAGCCAAAGGCACAGCAGGGACACUGUAUGCCCAUUUCAUCCCCCAAGAGGAAUGUAGUUUGAGGGCGCCUGCUUCUGUCAAAGAGCCCAAAGCAUAGAGACACUGUUGAUUCAUAUGCUAGGGCCUUGUAAGAACAUGCUGAAUACUGAGCUUGCUGUUAAAAUAAUAUAUUAAUAGAGUGGUGCUUGGUGUUCUAGACAAAGGACUCUAUGAAGGAAUGCAGUUAAUAGAUGACAUCAAAUAUUGCAAGACAGCAAUAACACUGCAAGGAGUAUAAUCAAAUGAAUAUAAACAUUUAAAUUGCUUUUGUUAGACAGCAAAGAAAUUCACCCAGUUGUGGCUGAAGAGCUGGAACAAAGGACCAGGAUGACAGCUAUUGAGGUAUUAUGGUGUUUUAAAAGAUUUUAUUCCUUAUACCUUUCAUUUAGUUUCUGGACUUAACUAGGGAGAAAAGUUAAUUUAUUUGAAUUCUUUCCCCCAUCCCAAUAAAUUUAUAUUGAAACUUUUUCAUCCUACAGUACAAUAUAAAACAAGCUAACUAAAAAUAAAAAAGGAAAGGGAAAGCAAAGUAAAUACAAAGCCAUCUUUCAGAGGUAGAUCUUAAUCAAACGUUACACAGAAAGGGCUGGACUCUCCCAGCUCUCACCCAGGAGCUUCCCUUUCUUCUCCCACUCUGGGAGAUCUUCCCUUUCCAGCCUUUCACGCAGAGUCAUUCACCAGCCAGCCAUCUCCAUCAUGUGCGUACAGUUUCCUCAGUGAUCCAGAGUAGAAACCACUCAAAAAAAGAAACAAGAAGAAAAAGAAACAGGAUUUUUAAAAAAAGUUUUCCACCCUAAAUUCGCUCCAAAUUGUACACAGAAUCCUUUCUCUCCCAGCUCUGUCUCUGCCAGCUCAGAAUAUUCCGUAAUCUCUCCAUCCAUGGUUCCAUUCCACUUCUCCAACAUCAUAAUUCCACUGCAAGACUAUUUUACUUCUCCAGGCACCUGUGUAAAGGUGCUCUCCAUUCCAUCAUCUACUGCCUCCAGCUUUAUCAUUCCACUCUCCUCUUCUGGCAGGCCUUGUUCUGGCAAUCAAUAUUUUUCUCCAAAGCUUCUGUGUCUUUAACCUCAUCUUUCUCUUGACCAUUUUCAUUCACCACCUUAUCCAUCUCAGUUCAGAUCUAUUUUAGUUGCUCAUCCAGUAAUUGCUGUAUGAUGCCAACAGUCAAUGGGGUGUCCAACAGUGUUUUUGCCAUAUUGAGUGUUCUUGGUCUUAUUGACAACUCACUCUUCACUUUAAGGUUUAUAGUCUCUGCCUUAAAAGCUUGAGUCUCCUGUCUUCUUAUCUCCAGACCUUAUUCUUUUCCCACAGUUUCACUUUGCAGCCAGCACUUUCAUCAAACACCCCUUAGCUGUUUAUGUUGAUACUGCAUGUCAAAUUUCAGACUCUCAAAGGAACUUUUCUGGAUUUUAUUACCAGAAUAUUCAGGUUUUCCAUACAGACAUUUCCAUGCCUGUGAAAUAAUGAUUAUCCACUUUUAGUGUAAGUACUGGGUAAUUUAACAAACUGAGCAUUCCCUAACUACUAAUUUUUGGAGUCCUGAAAGAUUUUCCUUCCCUUUGCUUCAUAGGACCCACAAUGUAGAAGCAUGGAAGAAGAAAACCUCUCUGAAGAGAUUCAACCAGAAUUUAUUUCCAAAGGUAAAUUCCUGCUUCUAACGGCAGUGAUAAACUGUUGCAGGUUAUAAUCUUCGGGAUUUAUCAAUAGAAUUAAAUAUUACAUUUCAUAAAACAUCUGAUCCACAUCAGGAGGUUAGUCAUGCAGCCCCAGUUGUUCCUGGGGAGUGAGACUUGCAUUUAGUGCAGCUUAAUUUAAGUGGGUGCAGAUCGAUCAGAUUUUUUAUUUUUUUUAGGGUUCUGUAAAUUCUUUAUUUGUACAUCAGUGAAGCAAAAAGAAAAGAAAAAUUCCCUUUUGCACAGCAACUGCUUAGGGCCCAGCCUGAGCACCAUGCAAGAUGCCGUGUACACAAUCCACUAAUUGCAAUAUCAGGACCAAAAAAACCCAAGUGGCUGGAAUUCAAGACCAGUUCUGCUGCACCUGUUGAAACCAAGCUGCCAUUUGACAGAGGAAAGGGGUCAGCCAUACAAAAAAAGGCUGCCACUACAAUCACUACUAGUUUGCCCUCUGCAUUAACAUCAGAACUUUGUGAGCUCUCUAGCCUGUCUCAAGCCUAGCUCUUUUCUCAACGAGAGAUCCCCACAUUUUGUUGAAUGGCUGUGGCUGCUGACCCAUAUUUGGAUGCCUCUUUCCCCAAGUCAUUCUGCUAUAUGCCGCGUGGGGACCCCUGUUGCUACUUCUCCCUCUUUCAAUGACUCGGCAAUAAUACAAUGAAGCAGAGGCAGCAGUGAACAAUCGUUGAAUGUUGCUGGUAGGUGACGUAUUGUGCCUCAGAGGCUCCACAGCAUGGCCACGGCCCUAUAGAUGCCCACAUCGUGGUAAUAGAAGUAGCAGAGGCCAGCAAAGGUGAGUGCUGAGAGCAGGUAGAGGCCAGUGUUGGCCAGUUUAAUAGAUGUCUCUCCAUGGACAUAGUCAGCUACUGUUUGCCCAAGGCCCCAGUGACCAUGGAGUGUGAGAGUGGCAGUGUGAGUAGUCCAUGGUUGGUCCAGGAUACAGGUAAGCUGCAGGCAGGAGCCCAAGCAGGAGGCCACUGACUGCUCACUCACCAGUCCAGUGCAGAGAGGCAGCCUUGGAACCAGCGACUCCCCGCCGUGGGGUCUGCCCAGCCCCACCCGCAACAGCCCCACCGCCAUCUUGCACCGUUUGCCGUCCAGAUCUAUCAAAGGUUAUACAAGGUCAGGCAGUUGACAGGUGGGUGUCAGAAGCAGCCCCCAGAAGGCUGAACAAAAGUGGUUCCCCACCCUUGCCAUAGUGUUAAGUGUACUAAACUGAACUAAAAGUAAAUGUCUGAAAAACUGUUCCACUGCACUAGCUGUUUCAGCAUUGGAGAGAGAGAUCUUAAAUCCUCAUUUCAGUUGAGGCCCCCCCAUCCUUUCAGUUUAAGUAAAUUUAGUGUAACUCAAAUUUAACCCUUGUGAGGGUUGUAUACAGCGAAGUAGUUCCAUCAGUACAGGGACUUCCGGCUGUGCAAUGGAAUGUCCCCUCCCUCUCCCUGUGUGCCCCCUAAAUCUGUUCUGGGUUUUCCCCCCACCCUCAAGUGCAAAUUUGGGAAGGGUGCAGAGAGGUCAUGGGUACAGGGUGUUGUUGUGCAUAUGGAACUACUGCCUUGGUAAAGUAUUUCACAAUUUCUAAGAUAGUUACAAGGGAGUCCUUUUGCUUUGAUAUGUAAUUCUUGUUAUAUAAGGCAAAUGUUAAAUUUGCAAAACUUUUAUUAGAGACAUUUUUAGAGCACUCCCUCUGCUUUGUUUGAGAUUAUUCUACCUAGGUAAAAGGAAGUUGUUUAUAAAAUAAUCAUGUCUUCUGUCAGGGCUGAGUGUGCACAGCAGACAGUGAAUUUCAUAGUUUGAAACUGCAAGGAAUGUAAACACCCCAUUGCUGUUUGAGAAACUAAGAUCCAACUCUGUCUUUGACAGUAUAUUUAACAACUGAAAUGUUCUCUUGUUGUUUAAUGUAGUAUCAAUGAAAGGAACCGUGUACGUGUUUUCAGUGGUUUAGAGAAAGAGCAUUGUUUUUGGAAGGGGUUCUUGGAUUAAUACCAGUAGCUAGCUAUAGUCUACGUUUACAAUAGGAAGUUCCAGUAAAUCAGAAUUUUAAACAUUUUAAAGUUGGAAUAAGCAACUGGGAGGCACAGGCUUCCUGCCUAUUGCUCAGCAUAAUCCUUCAACCCCAAGAGGCCUCUCUCUGCAGUGCCUGGGAGCGAGCAGCUGACCUGCAUAAGAAAGAGAGGGCUCUUUGAAAGCCUUGCUGCUGCUCAUGAUGGAAAGGAGGGAUUGAGGAGCCCUUUUACUGUCUCCUGACUGCUGGAAAGUGAGUCAAGACAGGGAACAGGCUAGAGGCUUAUGCACAUCUGACACUUGAAUCCCUUUCCUGACAAGUGACAUCAGAAGAGGAAACCUGGUUGGUAUCGUCCACAUUACUGUAUUGCAGUGUGAAAGAAUUAGAAUUGGUACUACGGGAUGCUGCCCGUGAAGUGGCCAAUGAGAAUUUGGAUAUUGGCUGGGGGUGCAAACUGUUAUAAAGCAGGAGAAAAAGCAGAUUCCUGAGCACAGAGUGUUGCUGCUAUAGUCCCAGAAAAGUUUCCUCUGAAAUAAGGCUAACCUAUAAAUAAUAGCAUAAUGGGGGUUUGAUUUUUUUUUAAGUGGGAGCAUUUCAGUACUGCUGCUGAAAUCCACAUGAGCAAAUUUAUAGCUAAUGGGGAUAAAAUGCAUAUGCAUUGGGAUGCAGUAGGCCAGGCAUGGCCAAAUUUGGCCCUCCGGCUGUUUGGGGACUACAACUCCCAUCAUCCCUAGCUAACAGGACCAGUCAUCAGGGAUGAUGAGAAUUGUAGUCCCAGAACAUCUGGAGGGCCAAGUUUGGCCAUGCCUGCAGUAGGCACAGCACCUCUGAACUGAAGCCCAUGGAUUGGGGUGGGGAGGUGAGUAGUAAGGUCUGCCUGAGGACUGCUUCCUGUGCCUUUGUGUAGAAAUAUUAUUUUUCUGUACAAGUUUCUAGCUCAGGCGUCAGCAACCUUUUUCAGCUGUGAGCCAGUCCACCGUCCCUCAGACCAUGUGGUGGGCCGGACUAUAUUUUGAAGAAAAAAUAUGAAUGAAUUCCUGUGCCCCACAAAGAACCCAGAGAUGCAUUUUAAAUAAAAACACACAUUCUACUCAUGUAAAAACACGCUGAUACCUGGACCGUCUGUGGGCCGGAUUUAGAAGGCGAUUGGGCCACAUCUGGCCCACGGGCCUUAGGUUGCCUACCCCUGUUCUAGCUGAAACUUGUUUGCAUAGUUCUGAGAGCACUUCAUAGUAGUUCUUAAAAUCCAUCUUGGGCUUGUGGUUAACAUACUGUUAAGGAAAUGUAAGUAUAAAUCAGGAAUCUCAUAUCUGCCAGAAGUCUCUAGGAAGCUGUCUGCAUCUACAAUAUAGAGAUAAUUGGUUGACCUUACAGAUUCAUGAAAUGAUUGAGUGUCACGGGGCUGCCAGGGAACGCCUUUGAGGAGCGGGAACAGUCAGAGGGAGAUAGAGAGGAAUUGAAGGAUGGGGAAGAGGGAGAGAGCCCGGAGGCAGGAAGGCUCUCCGAUGCUGAAGCAGAGCCCUAGCACCUCACAGGAAGUUGAGGAACAGAUGGAGAGCCUGUGCCGUCUGCACAGGAAAGGAGAGGGGUAAAACACAGGGAUCAGAGACGUCCCCACCUUUUCUGUUGGAGGAGAAGCCAGAGAAGACCACUCUCCGAAUCUGAACCGGACAAUUCGGAUGCAUGAUUGUAAUGUGCUGCUUGUACAUAUGUAAAAUAAAGAACUGUAAAUAUCUCUCUGAGUGAGCAGAGGGUGCUUAUUGCAAAGAGCAUACACAUUGAGACACUGCUUUGUAAAGCACUUGGAAUGCUCAGUGCUUUUAAUAGUCCUUUUUUCUGCCUUUCUGCUUUUGUUUUUUAGCACUUGAAACAACAGACACUUCAGUCGUAACAGAAGCAGUAGAAGUCCAAGUUUCUAGAGAGAAAUCAUUAGAGGUUUGCAUUUCUUUCUUGUUUUACUUUUCUUUACUGAAGAUUUUUUCUUUCUUUCUUUUUUUAAAAAAAUACAGUUUUUUAGGAGCAUGUCUAUCAAAGGCAUGAUUUCUAUAUUGGGAUAGCUAAAUGAAACCGCCUUGUUCCAGGGCAGUAUCGCUCUUAAUAGCGGACAAUGGAGGCAAGCAACCAUGGACAGCUGUAACUUUGAUGAUCUGCUUGGCAUCUUCCCUGACGCAUCUCGGCUGGCUGCUGUUCAGAACAGAAUGCUGGACUAGUUCCACUUUCAGUCUUGAUCCAAGAUGGAAAUAUUUACUUUCUCAUCUAUUUCCUCUCCUCCUCUUAGUUGCAGGUAGAAAUACCUGAUCAGAAGGAAGAGAGCUUCAUGCCAGAAACAGACAGACAUCCUGGUAUCGAAGAGGGUGAAUCAGGUAGUUAACAAAUAAAUACUCCUGCCUUGUUGUCUCUGGCAAACAGUUGACUAGUUUGCAUGGGAUGGUUUACAGGCCAAUCUGAUUUAGAAAAAAAAUAUGUACAAGGUUUCAGCACUCAGCACUGAAGACUAAGUCUUCAGAAUUUUUUUUUUAAAGGGUUAAAUUUAUUUUGCAGGUCAUGUUCCAGUGUGUCAGAUUUUGGGAGAAGACGCAGAAGAAAGCCAGUAUUUUGAAGCCAGAGCAGAAUCUAAUACGGUAUACUUUAAAUCUGUUUACAGAUAUAUUACUUCUCAACAUAACUGCUUGAAAUGCUUGCUCAAAGCCACAUUCCCCAUAACGGGUGCAACAGCAUCCAUUAAUUCUCAUUACUGUCAAUGCAAUCAGUCGUGGAACGUAGGAUCAAAAAUGUAACAAAACAACAACAUAAGCACUUCUCAGAGAAUCUCUCGUCCCUUAUAGACAGCUGCCUUGUUGUAGCUUUCCUCAAAGUAAACUGCAAAUGAGCUUCCUAGAAGACAGUUUUACCUUCAGCCUUUUCCGUGACGUCUCUUUUCAAACCAGCUUUAGGGUCGUAGUUUGGAUUGACAUAUUUACUGACAGAUGAGCAUUUUCUUUAAAUUCUUUCGUGAUUUAUAGUAGUUUCAGAGAUAAUUAAAGACAGUGCAGCUGGUAUUUUCUCUAGAGAUUAAUUUCCAUGGUGCUUGGGCAAGCUAUAGUUUCUCCCACUCCAGUCGCUCACCCAUCUGAUAGGCUUUCUCGAUUCCACAUCAGCGAACAAUCCAUCCAGAGCAUGUAGGAGGAAUUAAUCCCAUGUUGCAUGUGUUACGCAGAGAUAAGAACGACAGAUAAACUUUGCUGUCAAGUCACCACUUAAUUACACCUUUUGGAAGCUUUUUGGAAGGAGAUGUGGCUCCUCCUCAGAAGCGGCUUAUCAGUUAUUUCUGUCAGAAUAAUUUACGUAACUAGUUGUGGUGGCAACCUUUAAAUGUAGUAGUUCACAAUGCCGUUCUGUUAGUACUACAGCAUGCAGUAUUUUAACAUGUUUUAUAAUUUCAUAGGAAACAACUUCCAGGGACUCAGAAGAUACCCUUGAAGGUGAUGCCAAGUCUCUGCAACCUUCAUCAGAAACUGCAGAAGGAAAAGGUAACAUCAGAGUUGCAGAAUUUUCCUGAAAGGGUUAGAAGACACCUUUCAUUUUUGGGGAGGGACCAAUGAAAGCCUUUGUUGGUGUUGGGUUGGCAACCCCAGUUCUUUUCUCUUUUUUGGCCAAUUAAUUUUUAUAAGUUUUCCAAAUUUUUAACAAAUUAAUUCAAAUUUGACACAAAUGUAAAAAUUGACCUCUAUCCCCCCCUUUCAAGGCAUCUUUUCCCUCUCUCCUUUGCUACUCACAGUAAAAUGCUUUUUCUUAAUUUCUAAUACUUUUCCAUCCAUUCCUAUUUCCAUCGACUGUGCAUGUUCAAUUCCUGCUUAAACUUUUCUCUGACUAUUUUCCUAAUUAAUCAAAUAGAGUUAAUCUUCCUUUAUCAAUCCAUAUAAAUCAUUAAUCAUAAUUUUAAAUCAUAUUUCUUCCAAUAUAACUUGACACAAUAUGUCUUUACACAUUUGCAACAUUCUAAUUAACAGUACUCAAGUUUUACAGACUCCAGAAACAUCUCCUGGUCCACCUUGUUAUGCAGUCCCCUUUUCAGAAAACAGACAACCCCAGCUCCAAAGAGCCUCCUUCCUGCUGGAUGGAGAAUAGUCCCCCCAUGUCUGGACCACAGUCUAGUGAAUAAGUAGAACUGCUGCUCCUGUGUACAGUCAAACCUCGGUUUUCGGACAUCUCGGCUGCCAAACAUUUCGGAAGCCAAACACCAAAAACCCGGAAGUGAAUGCUUCCGUUUUCUAAUGCCCCUCAAAAGCCAAACAGCUUCCAAGGCAUGUUUCUCAAUUUUCCCCAUUGAACUUGCUGGCGUCCCUUUGAGCCUCGGUUUUCAAAUGUUUUGGAAGUCGAAUGGACUUCCGGAACGGAUUACGUUGGAAAACUGAGGUUCCACUGUAUUUAGCAAAUAUCCUGCUCCUUUGCAUACCUACCCCAUAGAACAGGGGUAGGCAACCUAAGGCCCGGGGGCCGGAUGCAGCCCAUUUGCCUUCUCAAUCCGGCCCCUGGACGGUUCGGGAACCAGCGUGUUUUCACAUGAGUAGAAUGUGUCAUUUUAUUUAAAAUGCAUCUCUGGGUUAUUUGUGGGGCAUAGGAAUUCGUUCAUUCCCCCCAAAAUAUAUAUAUAUAUAUAUUGCAAUAUAUAUAUAUGAGACAGUGGACUGGCCCAGGGCUGAAAAAGGUUGCUGAUCCCUGCCAUAGAAGCACAGGUGUAUACAGUGAUACAUGAUGCAACAAACUGUAGGAUAGGUUAUAGCAGCUGCAUAUUCGUUGAUGUUUAUCUAGAUUGUCAAAGAAGUCGAAAUGAUGGGGUGUGCUGCAAGUGAAAACCAGGCGAUGUACAAUUCAGAGGAAGUCACUGGUUUAAGCAAUUGCUCAAAAAUGAUGGUGGGGAUUUAAUUUGUGUUUUUUAAAAAAAUUAAAAAACGUUUUUUCCUGCAGAUGAGAUUGUUGGCAAAGUGGAUAUUUGUGAAAAGUCAGAUGAGAAAUCCAGUGUAAAUCCUGUUGAGGCAAGUAACAUGGCCUAUUCUGAUAGUUAUUUGAAAGUAUACUUUCCUGAUGGAUGGCUGGUGAAGGGAAGGGAAGAUCUCCCAGGAUGGGAGGCUGGGAGAAGAAAGGGAGGAGAGAAUUUGCUGAAUUCUGAGAGAAGUACCCAGUAAGUCGAGUUGCUUCAACCAGAACUGAUCCUGUAUUCUGUAUAUAUCCUGAAGUGCAUGUUGGAAUGGUUGUGAGCACUUUUAUCUGGAAAGUGCCUCACUAAUUGGUCCAAGCAGGCUACUGGGGGCUGUAAUAAACCGCAAACCACUCAGAAUAGCUCCACUGGUUGACCUUGACACAAAUACUAAGUAAUUAUUAUCAUUGUGAAUAACGUUGGUGCACACCAGAGCUUAUAAAUGGUUUAACUUUCCUUGGCUAUUAAGAAUCCAUCCCAGCCAUGGUUUUGAUUUCAAUGGGAGAGGAGACUUUAGCGGAUUUGUAACUCUCCACUGAAAUAGUGAAACUUAAAAGAAAAUGUUUGACUUAAUCUAUGGUGUGUGAGAGAGGUUGGGAAAGACGCUAUCAUAUAAUGCGACUAUAAUGUGAAGAAUCACUAUUUCUGGACAUGUUGUGUUAGUUUUGUGGGCACUAGUAAGUGAAAGCUUACACAGCAAUAAAUUGGUUAGUCCUUUAAUGUAACACAAGACUCUUUGUUCAUAAUCCAGUUGCCUUAGUGGACACUUUGAGUUGACUUAAACAACAUUUGUUUGUCCUUUUGUUUAGGAAAAAAAGCAAGUACCAGUUAAGCGGAAAAGAGGAAGACCCCGUAAAUAUCCUAUUGAAAUAAUGGCACUGCUUGGUAAGUACAGUGCUGCGUCGCCAUGGAAAAUGUACUUCAGCAUUUCAUUAAACUCAGGAGGUUUAUUUUUCCUUUCAGGUCAAGUUUCAGAAGCUGACUCAAGAACUGGAAAUGUAAGCAUUUGGAUGGAUAUUCUGUUUGGAUGCUCACAUAUUGUGGGAUUGCUGGCUCUCUGUGGAACACUCUCUUAUAUUUUUUUCAAUUGCAAUAACACAACAUUGGCCAGGAUCCCAUGGGCUAUUAAGCUGGUUCCCUGAGCUCAAGGCAUUACCCUUGUUUUCUCCCACACUAUAGCGGAUUAUUUUUUAAAUGGAGGGCACCUUCAAAAAUAGUUGUGAUAUUCAGAUAACUCAAGAUUUCCAGUGGGUUGGUGCAUAUUUUCUUUUUUUUGUCACCUGCCUUGGAGGUCUGUUGUCAGGCCAGGAAGGCAGCAUAUAAAUAACUAGAUGAAAUACCUUGCCUGUAUUUUCUUCAUGCUAUUAUUUUUAUAUCCCUCACUUUCUCCCAAAGGCACCCAACACAUCAAUAACAAUAUCAUUAAAAACAGUUGAAAAGCAAUCAGGUUCUCUCACUCCAUUAUUUCAGGGUUGCCAGUAUCUUUCAUCCACCAAAUGGCUGGGAAAACAGGAAUGUUUUUAAAUUCCUCCUGAAAGCCAGUAAUGAGGAAGAAGAAGAAGCCUCACUCGGCAGGGCAGUCCACAAAUGGGCACUGACAUGGUCAGCCCCCAGUGGAGGCACCAACAAGGUGUUUGCCUGUUUGCCACAAGGCAUGAAAUCUCUGUGGAAGGAAGACAUAACUGCUCCUGCAUAAAAGAACUUUUAAACUGGGGGUAUGAAUUGGCCCAGAACAUGUCAUAUACUGGAUCACUGCAGCACUUAGUGAUUGGCAGCUGAACGUGUGAGCUUCAUUGAAAGCAGUAGUUUGCCAGCCUACAGAAAAGUCAACUGUAGAUUUCAUGGCAAAGCCAGGUUUGUUGUUGUGCGAUCUGAGAAAUGGUCUUGAGUUGUAAAAUGUACUGCAUAUUAGAUUUUUGCGGGUCUUUGGACCCUAACAAAGAAUGUGCUUGUGCAUAUUAGAUUAUUUUAUUUUUAUUUGCAUUAACUGAAGAAACAGUAUAGCCCUCUUCAGGACUUAUCACCUUAAGAGAGAACGCAUGUAGAGAUUAAAUUCAAAUACGCACCAUUCCCCCUGCCCCCACCCAGAGGCACCUGAGGUUUUUGGCACUUUCACACAGUAGAGAGCCUUGCAUAUCUGCGGAGGCCACUCAUGGGACUAGGAAUCCUGAUCUUCCAGGGUUCCCACUCUUGCAAGGAGCCUCCAUAGAUCUGCAAAGCUCUGUGCUGCAGAAAUGCACUGUCAAUGUCUGAAGGAGUCGGGAGACAUGUGGCUUCGUUUGGGGGGGGGGGAGAGAUCUGUCCUCACAACCCCAUUCAGUGGGUGUUUCCUCUUUGAGUGAUAAGACCUAAACAGGGCCUGAAAGCAGUCUUUUAAUUUUUCUAAUCCUGCACUAUAGAAAUAUACUGCUAUUUUUGUUUUUAAUUAGAUGCAGCAGUCUUCAGGUUCUAGCAGUAGAGAGAUGAUUACUCCAAAAGGUAAUUAUUCCCAAAAAAAAUUCUCUUUGGAAAGGAAGAAAGAUUGGAAAGGAUGAGGUGCGUCUGUAACACAGCCAUUUUUCUUGAAAGAGUUACUACUCCAAAAAUUCAGAUAUAGCCUUAUACAGUGGUACCUCUGGUUACAAACUUAAUUCGUUCCAAAGGUUCGUUCUUAAACUGAAACCGUUCUUAUCCUGAGGCGCGCUUUUGCUAGUGGGGCCUUCCGCUGCGUGCGUACGUCCAGCACACAAUUUCCGUUCAUAUCCUGGGGCAAAGUUGGCAACCAGGAGCAGCUACUUCCGGGUUAGCAGAGCGCAUAACCUGAAGCAUUCGUAACCAGAGGUACCACUGUAUAAACUCUUGUGGAUCUACAAAACAAUGGUGCAUGCAAAGACCUUCCCCCGUCUAUUUCAAAGGUGAGUAAAACACUUUGUCCAGCUUCCAAGUGGACUGAUUUCAGUGGCAUUGACAUGGAUGCCAGAGAUUUCCCACUUCUGUGAGUAGGGCAGUUUCGGGUGCUUGGGUCAAAUGGCAAAGUAACCCUGGUGACUCACUGCUUCAUACACUGUUCCAGUAAGAUUUUGAAAUGAAGCAACUGCAUGAUUUACUCAGGCUGCUGGCAUGGGAAGUAACCAAUUGCAUCCACCUUUUUACCAGACUGUAGCAUUUACAACUAACAUCAAGCAUUUCAAAAUCCUGAGCUGCCUUCUGUUUGCCAUUGGUUGACAUCUCUGUGAGAAAUAACUUAAUUUUUGCUUUAUUAUGCUGUGGCGAAUUUUAGAAAGAAAUCCUUUUUUUUUUUUUCUAAGUUCCUUGGUCAUUUAAGUUUAAUUUUAACUUCAUACGAAAAGUGACGGUUAUAACAGUUUGUGUGUUCAGAGUUGCAGUUUAUGUAGAGUUCUUAACACAUUUUUUUCUUCCUUUUUUAGUCAAAGGUUCAUUGAAUGAGAGACACAAAGUAAGUUCAAGAUCUUUUAGUGCAAAUUGUUUUCCACUUUGAUCCUAAAAAUGUUUGAUUUUUGUGGAGUUGUAUAAUUUAGCUUAGGGUCAUUUCUCUAAUGAAAACUGUUUCAUUGGAAUUGAGUUACUGAAUGAAACCAAGGUCCAUCGUUUCCAGGUUUCUGUCUUCCAGCAUAAUGAAACAAUAUGCCUCUGGGUGCUUAUGAGUAGGGCAUAAAAGGAAGGCAUCCUCCAUCCUCAGUCCUUAGAAUUUUUCAAUCCUUGAUACAUUGCGUCUGAAUGUAAAGGCUCAAAUUAAGUUGCUGGCAAUAUCAGUGCUCACACUGACACCUGAAAAAAUAUAGAUGAGGCAAAUGGAGUCUUGGUUCCUUGGAGAUCAGGAGACAACAUUUCUUUUACCUUGCUCCUAGAAAAUCUUGCUCGUUCCUAGGUUUUGCAAUACAGUGGCACCUUGGUUCUCAAACUUAAUCCAUUCCAGAAGUCCGUUCGAAAACCAAGACAAGCUUUCCCAUAUAAAGUAAUGCAAAAUGGAUUAAUCUGUUCCAGACUUUUAAAACAACCCCUAAAACAGCAAUUUAACAUGAAUUUUACUAUCUUAAUGAGACCAUAGAUCCAUAAAAUGAAAGCAAUAAUCAAUGUACUGUACUAUAAAAUAAAUAAGACAGUAUUGUAGAUGAUAAAAAUUUAAAUUACAAUUUUUUCUUACCUGCACUGAUGAUAGUCAUUGUUUGGAGGGGGGGGGCUUUUAUUCAUUUCCGCAAUCACAGAAUCGAUCAGUAGCUGAACUGGGUUCCACACAGUCACAAAAACAAAUUAACCAAAAAAGCCUCAAAAACCAAAACUCAAAACAAAUAGCAAAAACAAAAGCGCCAAAUUUAAUCCAGUCUGGAAGUGCGUUUGACUUGUGAAAUGUUUGAAAACCAAGGCGCAGCUUCUGAUUGGUGCAGGCGCCCCAGAAACAAUAGCUGACAGCCACAUUAGAUGUUUGGCUUCCGAAAAACGUUUGCAAACCAGAAUGCUUACUUCCGGGUUUUUGGCAUUUGGGAACCAAGGCGUUUGAGUACCAAGGUACCACUGUAUGCCUUACUAUACACCUGAUCAUGGGUAGCAGUCAUUCAGCAAUUUGUCAUCUAUAAGCUUUUCUAAUUCUUAAAAAAAAAAAUUAAAAAUCCGCAUCUUGUUGCAUGUUUCCCCUAAGUGACGUAUGUAUUUUGUGAACAAGUACAUAAAUAGAGUGUGCUGCAAUAUGUUCCUCUCCUCUCCGUACUGUCAAUAAAUUUAUAAGCCCUCUUAUGAGUUCCCCUUGUCUUUUUUUUCUCAGCCAGAAGCCCUGUAUGCUUUCAAUUUCUUUACUGUUUCCCCCUUUACUUCCAACUUUUAGGAAGCUAAAGAAGGGGAGGCAGAGGUGGCUGUGCGUCGAAGGGGAAGGAAGCCCAAACGACCUCUAAUUCCACCAGAGGAAACAGGUAAAACAUGGAGGUUCUGCUUCUCUUAACUUUUUCUAUUGUUUAAGGUGCAUGUUAGCUUAUACAAAUAUCAGUUUUAUUAUCCUUUAUUCAUCGAGGGGAAAAUCAUUGGGUUAUGGCUAAAGUAAAUAUUAUGGGGAAAUGUGCAAAUUGCUGUAAUCUCAUGUCAGGAAUGGUACAUCCCAGCUGCUUGCCUACAACCUCUUGGGUUUUCUAUGAAUUCUGGCUGUGAACUAAAGAAGUAAACUAUUGUAAAUGUUUUUGGAGAGAUUUUAAACAAGUAUGCAUUAAAAUGCUACGGAAAUGGAAAAUUACUUACUCCACUCACGGGGUCCAUUUAGAAUUCACCUUCUAAAGUAAGUAUCCAUAUCCCUUCUGGAGGCUUGGGUGGAAAUUUGAGUGUGUUUAUAAAAUUUUGUAGGGAAGGACACACUUGAGCCAGACAAAAAACGUCAGAAACUAACACUUGCUGUUGAAGAGGAGACAAAAGACAAAGAUGAAAAGGAUGAAAACAAGGAGAGUGGCGAUAACGGAGGGGAGGACAGUGACAACAGUGAUGAUGCUGACGAAAUACAUUCAGGGGCCACAACACGGUCAGCCUCAAGAUUGGAAGCACAAAGGUAACGUUGGCUCUCCAGAGACUUGGGCAGUGGGCUAGAUGCGUCACCAAGCAUGGAGGGCUGUGGUGGGAAUGGAAGAAGUCCAGAGCGCCAGUGGAUGAGCAGACACAACCUUGUACUUCUUUGAAUCCUGGCCUCUGACUCCAGUCAUUAAUGAAUCCAUCCCAAAUCCAGUUCUGCCUCAUCUUUCUGUAUAAAAAUAUAAUAAAGGCAUUUUGUUUGUGAUCCCUACCUACCAAAACUUUUGCUCAGCUGUUGCUUAUGGAAAAAAUGAUGAGACUUUCUAUAUAUUCCAUAUUCAUACUUCCAUUUUAUUGCUAAAUUACUCUAGCCAACCUGCUUCUUCAGGAAGCAAAUUUGUCUUACAACCUUCCCUCCCUUGGUGAUCUCUUAGCAUCUUGGGUGCAUAUAUUUUUACAGUUAAGUGGUGUAUAAUUUUUUUGAAAUAAAUAAAUGUAUUCUAGACCCAUGAAGGCUUCACGUCUAGCAGUCCAAACUUUAUUGCAGAAACUGACUCCCUGGGUAGGAGUCAGAGAGGUUUUGCCACAUCAUUAGUUUUUGACUAAUAAUGUGUCUCUUUCCCCAACUCUCUGUCUCACUCACAUGUGUGGAUGCACACACUGGAGGAUACAGUAGCUAAGGGACCCAAGGGUCAUCUAGUCCAACCCCCUGCAAUGCGGGAAUCUCUACCAAAGCAUGCAUAACAGAUGGCCAUCCAAUCUCUGCUUAAAAACCUCCAGUGAAUGAGAGCCCACCACCUCCCGAGAGAGUUCGUUCCACUUUCAAACAGUGCUUACCGUCAGAAAGUUCUUCCUGAUGUUUAGUUAGAAUCUCCUUUUCUUAUAACUUGAAGCCAUUUGUUUGGGGGCCUACCCUCCAGAGCAGGAGAAAACAAGCUUUGUUCCAUCUUUUAUGGGACAGCCCUUGAUUAGAGGAGACUGAGAGGAGAUAUGAUCGCCAUCUUCAAAUAUAUCAAGGCUAAACAUGCUCAGCUCCAUCAACCGUUCCUCCUAAGGCUUGGUUUCCAGACCCCUGUUCAUCUUGGUUGCUCUCCUCUGCACACAUUCCAGCUUAUCAAUAUCCUUCUUAAAUUGUGGUGCCCAGUAUCAGCAGUUCCACAUUAAAAUCAUUCCUACUCCACAGUAGGAAUGGACCAUGUUGUGUAAUAGGAAAUGUAUAUAACAAAACUCUGAUGGCAGUUCUGUUAGGUCAAAAGAAAAGGCCUGGAGAUCACAUCCUUUGUACCUGAAGGUCUCAGGCUCAGUCCCCAGCAGCUUCAAUUAAAAGGAUCUCUAGCAACAAGGCUUACAAAGUCACGAUCAUCAUUUUAUUUGUAUGCCAUCUUUCUAUAGUUAAAACCAUGCUCAAGGCAGCUUAAAACAUGAAAAUAUUUACAGUUACAAAAGGAGUCAUAAACAAAAACAUCAAAAAGUACACAAUAAAAUCGAGCCAUUUCCACAUAAAUCAUCAGGUCUAAAAAUAAAGAUACUAAAAAUAAUAUCAAUAACAGCAACAGAAGCCCCCUAAACAAUACCCCAGCCCAAGAGUCUGUUCAGCAGACUCAGCUUUUGCAGCUGGAGUCAGUCCGGGCCCUGCCUUCCCAGGCCAGGUGGCAAAAGGGCCAGCAAGGCAGGAAUCCGGUCUUCCAGGACUUAUAGCCAAGAUGGUCAGCUCAGCUCAGACCUGAGAGAGUCAGUGCCUGUACUGAGUUAAAUGGACUAGUGGACGGAAUCUGUUUAAGGCAGCUUUCUAUGUUAGCAUAAGGGACCAAUUUAGAAGCAGUGGGCUGUGCAAGCUCAACUCUGCCUGCCUGCCACUUCCCCACUCCAAACCACCACCACCCCUGCUGUUUCUCCCUCUGCUAGGAUUCAGGUCCUUGCUUGUGAUCAAAACAGAGACUUAGCAGUCUGACUGUCACAUUUAACUUCAGAAAGCAGAAUACCUCAAUCCCAACAUGAGACUGCCGAGUAUUGCUACUUGCUUUGGAACGGCCAGUGUAAGAGUGUCUCUGAAAGCACAGAUUCAUUUUUAAUUUUUGUGCUACUUUAUUAUAUUUGCUAGGUAACCCGUCCUGUUUACAUAUGCUUAUCUGCUCAUUUUUUCAGAAAGCAGCCCAGCAAGCCCACAACACGAGCCACAUCUAAAAAUCAAAGCCCUGGUGCAGUUCCUCCUCCAAACCAUCGAAAGUUAGCAGGGAAAAAACAGUCACCUGCCGUUGCAAAAUCCAAUAAAUCUCCUGGGGCACAGUAAGUAUGGAAAUGAAAGCCACUUCUAGUUUGUGAAUAUCUCUACGCCGUCUUCUCCAGAGUAAUUUCACCGUGCUUUUUGGUUUGUUUUUCAGUUCAAGGUUACAGCCCACCAAGCGCAAAAGAGAAGCCAGUCCCAUGGUGUCGCCUAAGAAAAGUCACCAGAGGGGCGAUGAACCUGAGGCGAAGAAGUCCAAGCGAUAGUUUUGCCCCACGCCAGACAAAUGGGGAAGGGAAAACAAACAAACUCUCCUCUGCUUCUUUGUAAAACAGAGAAGCUUUGCAUGCGCUUGUUUCCAAGGUAUAACAUGUUACCUAUGUAACAUAUUUAAACAGCUUUAUACACUAUUUGUUUAUGCAGAAGUCUAUAAGCAUUGCAAAAGUUUACUUUGAACCUCAAGUAGAGAUGGUCGAGAGUGACUCGCUGAUGCUUCCAAUCUGCUCAUCACCAGUGGCCUCUUAAUGACACCCUUUGUACAUAAGCCACAUAUUUUAAAGAAGAAUGUAUUUUACUGCGUAUGAACUUAAUCAAACAGCAAGGACUGUUCUGCGGGCUGUUCUGAUGUUAUCUUACGUUGGUCAUUUUAACUGGAUUCUUAAAUGUUGUGCAGCCAUCAUUAGCAUUGUCUAGGGCGCGGGAAGGGACUCCUUUUCAGUGAACUCAACAAAUCUCUGAUUAACUGGCAAAGUACUUUCCUGCAUGUAUUCAAGUCAAGUAGAAUUAGUAUAAGGAGGAGACUUUACUUUCUUUCCUCACACUCGUGGCUUUCUGUAUGGUAAAAGUUUAAAAACUGCAUUUACAGUGCUUAGUAAAUGCACCCUAUUCACUUGGAAAUAUAUUAUCAUCUGUAAAUUUUAUCCCAGCGUCAAAGUAGUUAGAGUUCAUUCAGAUAGAACUAGACCCCUUCAGCUGAAACAGUGGAAACUGUCUCAUUUUGAAGCUUCUAAAUGUUUUUCUCUCAGUAUUUCUCUUUUUCAAUUGAAACACUGAAAUUAAAGUAUCACCUUCAGGAUUUAAAGAUCUUCACCAUUUAUCUCACACUUUAUAUACUAGUAUUAAAAGAGAAUGUAGCGCCUGGCCCUGCUGCCAGAAUCAUUAGUAUACUUACAUUUUACUCUCACAAAAACAAAUCUUCAAGUUCGGUUUCAUGUAAAGUUUUGGGGUUUUUUUUAAUUAUUAUCAGAAUUUGUCUCUUGCAAAGAUGUGGUAAGUUGCCAAAUAACCUGAGAUUAUUUUAAAAUGUUCAUAUUCAUGUUUUAUAACCAAAUUCAGCAUUCUAUGUUUUUUAAUUUGUUUUCUUUUUGUUUUGGGGACUUUUAUUGUUGUAAUGUGAUUUUUUCUGUCAAAUAUUCUACUUUGUUUCUUACUGAAUUUUUAUAUAUAAAUUAUAAAACGUUUCCCA